GACUGUAUGGGAGUUAUUUUGUAUCAUUCGGACAUUGCUCAAGUGGGUUUGUGCGACUCGAUAUAGGCUUGCUGUUUUUCUCUGUAUUUUUCUGCUGACAGUUUUCUUGUAUACCAUCGGGAAACAGCAUCAAAGAAGUUACGAUAGUCAUGUGAAUAAACCCAUUUUGUACAUAAUUACUGCUACAUAUCAAAGAAACGUUCAACGUGCAGAACUUACAAGAAUGUGUAACACUCUACGUAAUCUGAAGGAUAUUUUAUGGAUUCUUGUAGAAGAUAGCACAGAACCUUCAUGGGUUGUAUCAAAUAUUUUAGAUGAUUGUGGUGUCCCUUUUGUACACCUAAACAUCCCAACACCACAGUCAGAAAAACCUAAAGUGAAUGAACCCUUUUGGUUUCGUCCUAAGGGCAUACUUCAACGUAAUCUUGGACUACAAUGGUUGCGCCAGAAUCUUAUUUUAGGUAGAAACAAAGGUGUCUUAUACAUCGCCGAUGAUGACAACUCCUAUAAUUUACGUAUUUUUGAGGAAAUGCGUGGUACAAACAAAGUUUCAACAUGGCCGGUUGGAUUUGCAGGUGAACUCCCAUGGGAGGGUUGUGUGACGUCUAAAAAUCGGACGCACAUUAUAAGUAUGUGGUCAGUAUACAAACCCGAGCGUCCUUUUCCAAUUGAUAUGGCAGGAUUUGCAGUUAAUAUUGAUCUUAUUCUUCAACACAAGAAUGCUGGAUUUGACUACAAACGUUUACGUGGAAUGCAGGAAUCACAAUUUUUGUUAGAUCUUGGUUUAAAAAAUUGGAGAGAAUUGGAACCACUAGCAGAUGGUUGUCGGAAGAUCCUAGUGUGGCAUACACGUACAGCAGAACCACUUUUAACACUAUGGAAUAAACUGGAAUCGCAAGGAAUUAUAGCUCCACCUAUAGAUGAUUGGCCUUAAAAUAUGUAGUAUGAUUCUAAAAGAAAACAAUUAUAAUCUGUCUGUCAAAAUACUUUUUACUUAGGCAGUAUUCACUUAUUCAAUCAAGUGUAUUCAAAAGAAACCAAAAGUUACAUCUAAACGUCAUACAUAAUCAGUCAUUCAAAUUGUUCAUAAUAUAACGCAUACAUUUUCUUAUGUAAAUAAUAUAUAGUUCGUAUCAUAUUACUUAUUAUUUAUAGAAAUAAAAUAUUUUUGAAUUUCUAUCAUUUUUGUAUAUAUUCUGAGUUGCUCUUCUCACUUGUUUAUUUGUAAUUGUGAUUGUUUUAAUUCCUUUUGAUAAAUAGUAGUUAUUGUGUAUAAUUUAUUCAGUUCGGUUUUUUUAAAACAAAAUCCUUGCUAUCACACAACGAAGCUAUAUGGAAAUCAACAAUUACUGUGUAGUUUGAUCAGUCAAUGAGAAAAGUGGUUUUCACGAAUUGAGUUUUCAAUUCAAACAGCUUCCGCAUAAUUUCCGUUUUGUAUUCGUGUGAUGAAUUAAAGAGAUAACUACGUACAUGUCUGAAGUUCACAGAGUACUGAACACGAAGUUUACAAUGAAAUACGCUAUUCUAGUCUAAUUAGUUUACUUUGUACUCACUAAGACCGCUUUUACUGUAUUUCUAUUCGUAUAUAUAUUUCGUGUACCUAUAAUUGGUUGCCUAUCCAGUUAUUUAAAUAUUAUUUUGUUAUUACUGCAACUCCCAUCUCAUCAUAUUGUUUUGUACGUGAUUGGUGUUGAAUUUCAGAUAUGAUUAUUAAUUCCUAUCGAUUAUUGCAUACAGUACAGUAUAAUUUUUCAAGUCAAACAGUGGUAAUUUCGACUCUCAGUUUGAUAUACAAACGCGUACGAAUUAUACUGAUUUAUAUUGGCUAUUAUAUCAAGUUUUUCCUACACUUGUUUACUAUCUUUUGGAUUGUGUACUUUGUAUCUGCUGUUUCCAUUGCAUCCUGUAUUUUCUGGAGUAUAGUAAUUCUACUUGGAAAUAAAUAAAAUUGAUGGCUUUCAUAGGGAAUAUGGAGUUGUAUUUUCCUCAUAUUAGACUUCCAAAUCUGACUUCAUUUAAUGAUUCAUUUGCAUGGCCGUGUCAUAUAGUUUCACCUUAUGAACUAGAUAGAUU